AAUUUAACAAAGGCUCGUUGCAAUAAAGAAUACAAGUACUUCUUUCAUGAUUUUACCUUCUAUUUAUGUCAUUCAUACUAGUAUAUUAUAAAAUAGUAUCUACCAUUGAGACAACCUUGCGUUUAGACCAUGAUUCUUAAGAAUUGUCUCCACAUCUUCAUGAAUGCUCAAAAGAAUUGAAACCCUAGCCCUAAUUGAAGCUUCCUCAACUGUAGCGAUGGCCAUGACUUCGCCUAUUACAGUUACGAUUUGAGAUUGGUGAUGCUGUGGAUCGGUUGGCUGCAGAUUUUAAUUUGCCGUUGAAGCUUUUGAGGAUUGAGAUUCAUCGAACAGUGCUUGUUUGUGCACACGGGAGACGUGGCCAUGGCGAAGUCGACGAUGAAGAAAGGCUCAAAGGUGGUCGUGGCUCCGCCUGUUGAUACUGAUUCACCUCCACCGAAAGGCGUAGAAGGCGAGGCUCUGCCAGAGCAGAUCCGGCCGGAGCCUGAGCCAGAACGAGAUCCUGAUCCCGAUCCCGAUCCCAAUCCGCUUGUGUAUUUUGAUGUCCAAAUGGAGCACGAACUAAUUGGUCGCAUAUGGUUUGAGCUUUUCAAGCGCGUUGUGCCGAAGACAGUUGAAAAUUUUCGAGGACUGUGCACGGGAGAGUAUGGAGUUGGCACCUCCGGAGCUUGCAGGUGGUACAGAAACAGCCAAUUGUUUCGAACCAUUCCUGGUUUUUGUCUUCAGGGAGGGGACUUCAUGAACAAUAACGGUACCGGAGGUGAAUCGAUUUAUGGAGAGCUUUUCGACGACGAGAAUUUCGAGCUGAAGCAUGAAGCGCUGGUGCUGUCCAUGGCAAACUCAGGGCCAAAUUCAAACGGUUCUCAGUAUUUCAUCACGCUCAAAGAGUGCCCGUGGCUUGAUGGCAGGCAUGUUGUAUUCGGCAAGGUCAUCAAGGGCGAAGAUGUGGUUCGAAAGAUCGAAGCCAACGGCACCCGACGAGGCACUCAAAAAAGGUAUCCUGUAAAGAUUAAGGACUGCGGACAAAUGCCGCUCAACACUGAGAACAAUCCGACGCGGCCGAAUUGGCUAACGGGCCGCAUCCUACCAGAAGGCCCUCAGUUUGCGAGGCUGCUGAACCUUCCGCGGCCAGACCGCUACUUACCUUCCAUCUGGCGAAGGAAGAACAACUCCGUCACCCCUGACAUGCGUCGCCGAAUGAAAGACAUGCAAGUUUGCCUCGACAAGCAACAGGACUUGCGCCUCCAGUUGUUCCCUCACAAGCGCAUCAUGCACAUCGACGGGAAGCGGCGUCCGCUGAACGCGAUCGGAACCAAGAGACACUGCAUCAUCAAUCCAUUUUCCAUGGAGCGGAACUUGUCUUUCCGGUGGAAAAUCUCGCCGUUCGCACAAAACGACCGCGACAAGCCCCUCCGACCUUCCCUUGGACUGACCGAGGUUCCGGACGAGCUCACCAUGCGACGAUUGUCGCAGCUCAUGCUCGGGCAAGGUGCGAAGCCCGGCGAUGUCGUCGUUCCCGCCGCUUAACAACAACUUAGCGCAACACGUUGUCGGUCGACUCCACCAUAGCUCGCCGAUGCGACGAAGCCUGCGAAGCAAAUCAAUUCGGUAGAGACUGAAGCUCGAACCGAUUCGUCACCGAAAGUCUCCACUUCUUCAAGUAAAAAAACUCGGAAUAUCAUGCUUCGAAGAAAAUAAGUUCAAUCGCACUCUUUCUGAAUGGUCCUUUUUAUUACAAAAAACGAUGUUAUAUUAUAAAAAAACAAUAAAAUAAAACUUUAGAAUUAC